AUGUAUUUUGAUAAGGACAACUCCACAAGCCUCAGGCCGUUGCUGCCAACGGAUGAACAAAAACUUAGCAUAAAUUUACAGACAAAAAAAGAGAAGCUAUUGCAUCUGGAUCCGCAUCUCGACAUCAGAACCACUCCUCAAAGAAGUACUUCAAAUAAAAAUGUUGCUGAUAUACUUUUGGAAAAGCAAAGGAGCACUAAACCCAUUAUUCAAAAAGCUUUAACCAACACAGAUAAUUUUAUUGAAAUGUACCAUGAUCAACAAGGAAAACGCCUCAAUGAAAAUGCUAUAGAAGAAGUAACGACUAACUAUAAUAACGGUACAACUAGCGCUAGUGCCAAAGAAUAUGGCUAUGAUUACGAUUACAACUAUGGUAGUAACGAUUCUAAUGAUCAGAAAGCUUUAGACAAUAUAGCGGAAAGUCCCAGCAUAGAAAAGAGCCAAAACCAAACUAUAAUUGAAAAUGAAACCGCGUCUCACAAUAAACUUUCAUUGAAAGAGGCGCCCAUAGUUCAGAAGCAAAUAGUUAAAAAGGGUAUUAAGGACUUCAAAUUUGGUGCUGUAAUAGGUGAUGGUGCAUAUUCAACCGUGAUGUUAGCAACAUCGAUUGAUACCAAGAAAAAAUAUGCUGCAAAAGUGUUAAACAAGGAAUAUUUAAUACGCCAAAAAAAAGUGAAAUACGUCAGCGUCGAAAAGAUAGCGCUACAGAAGUUAAAUAAUUCCCAUAGCGUGGUACGAUUGUUUUCCACUUUCCAAGAUGAAUCAAGUUUGUAUUUUCUUUUAGAAUACGCGCCCAAUGGGGACUUCCUUUCUUUGAUGAAAAAGUACGGCUCACUAGAUGAAAACUGUGCUUGUUAUUACGGUUCACAGAUAAUAGACGCAAUCGACUACUUGCAUGCCAGUGGGAUAAUUCACAGAGAUAUUAAACCAGAGAAUAUUUUGUUAGAUGGAGAAAUGAGAAUUAAGUUAACUGAUUUUGGAACAGCAAAAUUACUUGAUCCUACAAAUAACAGUUCUUCCAAAUCGAAAUAUGAUUUGUCGACCAGAUCAAAAUCAUUUGUUGGGACUGCAGAAUACGUGUCUCCAGAAUUGUUAAAUGACAGUUUUACUGACUAUCGUUGUGAUAUUUGGGCCUUUGGAUGCAUACUUUUCCAAAUGAUUGCUGGUAAACCUCCGUUCAAAGCCACUAACGAAUACUUGACUUUCCAGAAGGUAAUGAAAGUUCAAUAUGCCUUCACACCAGGCUUCCCGUUAAUCAUUAGAGAUUUAGUCAAGAAGAUUCUUAUAAAGAAUUUAGACCAGAGGUUGACGAUAAACCAGAUUAAAGAACACCCCUUUUUCAAGGAGAUGAACUUUAAAGAUGGUUCCAUUUGGUCAAGUACUCCUCCAGAUAUUAAGCCAUAUAAAAUUAACGCCAGAUCGAUGCAGGCAAUGCCAGGCAUAGGCGAUAAGAAGCAGACAAAAAAACCAAUCAGCGCACUCGUCAAAACACACCAAACAACGCCUAGACCAGCUUCGAACUCUUCAUUAGAGGCAACCGGAAAUUCGCCUAUGUAUAGUAGUAGUAGCCAUGAUUCUACCGAGAGCGAGAUAUACAUAAAGAAGAGGCCCACUGACGAAAGAACAGCGCAAAUUCUUGAAAACGCAAGAAAAAGUAUCAAUAGUAGGAAACAUCAAUCAAGCAAGAAAACUUCAAGUAGUGCUGCUUCGGCUGCUCUGGCUGCUUCGGCUGCCUUGACGAAGAAGACGACACAAAAUAAUCCAACAUCCAGCUCCAAAAGCAGUAGAUCGAGUUCACCUGCCACAACACCAAAAUCUGGACAUAAUAGGCGUGCUCCAUCUGCAGAUGGUAAACCUUUUAUUAAGUAUUCAUCUUCUUCGGCGUCUGUUUCAUCAUCAAAAAUUCCAGCGCCUUCCUACACUCCUCCAAUUUCGCCACCUAUGACACCAUAUGACUCAUAUAAAAUUACUACACCAUCUUCAGCAAGACAGCAGGGGUAUUUUGAAGGUGAGAUAGUGGCACCUAAUCUUUCUAGCAGGCAGGAUACAAAAAAAAUUCUGGAAUCACCUUUAGUGAACAAACGCGACAUACAAUGGUCUUUUUACCUAAAAAAUAUCAAUGAGCAUGUACUGAAGGUGGAAAAGCUAGAUUUUGUUGUUGCUAACCCGAUCACCUUGGAAAAAAGAUUCACUAAAGUUAACGGUUCAUUGCUGGAUCCUCAAUUGUUUGGGAAGCCUAGACAAACUUUUUUAUCUCAAGUAGCCAGAAGUGGUGGGGAUGUGACAGGUUUUAGGAAUGAUCCAUCUCUAACCGCGCAUUCGCAAACAGAAGAUGCUUACUUUUUAAAGAACGCUGUCGAUUCACAGCUCUUAGAAGAUGACUAUCGUGUUGAAGGUGGUGACUUGUCGGAACUGCUUACUGACGAAAACGGAGAGGAAGAUAAAGGUAACCAAAAUAAUCCACCAACAGAAGAUGAUGAUGGCAAAGCCGAAUCUAACAACAAAGGUAGCUCGGUUUUUUCCGGCAAGCUCAAAAAGUUGUUUCACCCCACAAUGGCAAAUGAAUCACUUUCUGCAUCCAAUGAAAGAUGCAAAUAUUUCAAAAGGACCGUUGUGAUGACAUCUUUUGGACGUUGUCUGGUAUUUGCAAAAAGAAAGCAACCUAGCCCUGUUACCAAUUUAAAAUAUGAGCUAGAAUAUGAUAUCAACUUACGUCAGCAGGGAACCAAAAUUAAAGAACUAGUCAUCCCCUUAGAAAUGGGAACCAAUCAUAUGAUUGUAAUUCAAACACCUUACAAAUCGUUUCUACUGAAGACUGACAAAAGGAACACAAGCAAGUUAUUCGCUGCUUUUAAGAAAAUUCUCAAUUCAAAUACAAAUAAAAUCGAAAAACAAUUAUUACAGAGAAAUCAAAAAAUAACAGAAAGAAGAACGUCAUCAUCUGGGAGAGUGUUACCUAUAGACUCGCCGUCUUCAAAACCUGCCUCUCCAAAACCUAGGCCGCACAGCCAAUCAUCAUCUAUAUCAAAGCAUGAUUCAUUUUCGGAAUCGGUGAAUAGUGCGAAGACGAACAGAUCUAGUAGAAUCUUUGAAACUUUCGUUAGUGCUAAGGAACAAAAUUCAAAGAAACACGCCACUAUCCCGUUAACAAGUAAAUUGGUUAACGGGUUACCCAAAACGCAUGUUGCCUUGGGAUUGGGUCUUAACACAGGUGCAAAUUCAAACAACUCAUCUGCAAAAUCGAAGAGAUCAUAA